AUGAACGAUUCUUCUUCCACCACGGAUUUGAUUCCUCCGAAAUGGCCGAGUAAAGUGUUCUACAUGAUGUCUCUCGUUUCACUUCCGCUGUAUAUUAUUGUCUGUGGAUGUCUUUUACGUCUUCGAAGUGUUUCGAGAGCCUAUAAUACGACUUUUUACUCUAUUUUGUUGCAGCAUUGCAUCGUCGACAUCAUAGCAAUGCUUUUCUCUCUGGCCCACACUCUUCUGAAGAGCUUAUCAGUAACUCGAAAAUUCCUUUUCGACUACCAAGAGUAUUAUGUGGCAGCAGCCGGUUACAACUCUGUCUACUAUUUCCUUUACAUUCGAUGCACUGGAAUCGUGUUUCUGUCCCUUCAAAGAUACCUGAUUAUUACUAGCCCUACUUCUAUCCUCACUCAAAAAGUUCAAUUCGCAUCGAAACUGCAAAUAUUUUCUGUUUACUGGAUAACACCAACAUUAAUCAGUUUGGUGGUUUUGACGGAUACUAAUUUCGAGUAUGAAAGUUUCGAAUCAAUGGCGGUUAUUGCAGAUCAAGAGGUUAUCAAGAGAAAUACUCUUAUGGCACUAAUAGUAGUCACCUUAACAUGCAUUCUCUGUUCCAUGGCCUAUGGUGCACUAUUUUACUACAUUAGAAAACACACUGCAGGACUUUCGAGAUCUGUCCGACGAGAAGUUCACUUGGCUUUCCAAGUUUUUGUACUCCUAUUAGCAUUUUUUGUCAUCCUUCUGUACUAUGCAUUUCAAAAUUAUUUUUCCCAAACUCAUAAUACUGGACCCAUAUUCUACAUGCGAGCCUUGUAUCCAGUGGCUAAUGGAUUGCUUUCCUACAUUAAUCCAUUUUGUAUUCUGUUUUUAAAUAAGGAUCUCGCACGACAAGUUAUCCGUUCGUUGACAUGUCAUAAGUAUAAAGUGAGCGAAGUUUCCAAGACAUCGGGGAUAGCAUCGACUUCUACCAAACAUCACAGUUUUCAUCGAAAUGUGGUUCAAAUCGGAUCAAAGAGAACAAUACCGGAGAGAAAGGAAAUCAAUCGAGUUCUUUUUUAA